AUUCCUGGUUAAUUUUUGACCAAACUGUCAGCUGGUUCUCUGAGCUCCUCUAUAAAAACUGGAAAUCUUUCCCAAACCUUCUGCAGCAAAGAGGACAGUAACGGCUCCGAGAUGCGUAGUAUCUUUGCUAGUUGUGCUCUGGCAGCCCUGCUGCUGGCUGUGGCCCAAGCCGAUCACCACAUGCACCACAACCAUGAGGGCAACAUGAGCUGCCACGUUCUUUCCCCUCUCAAUGCCGACUUUGCCUUUGCCCUCUACAAAAACGUGAAUCGCAGAACCGGUCCUGGAAAGAACAUCUUCAUGUCACCUCUGGGCGUCUCCGCCGCUCUGUCCAUGCUGUCCACGGGGGCCCGCGGCAAGACCCACAGCCAGCUGUUCUCCACCCUGGGAUACAGCGAAAUGGACCAGGCUCGGGUCAACGAAGCCUAUGGCCAUCUUUUCCAAAUGCUCGGCCAGAGCCAGCAGGAACAGAAGCUGGACCUUGGGAGCUCUGUUGCUGUGCGCACUGGCUUCAGUCCUCUGCCGACGUACCUGGGUGACCUUCAGAAGUACUACAAUGGUGAGGUCUUCAACGUUGACUUCUCCAACCCUUCCGAGGCGGUGGCUCAGAUCAACAGACACAUUGCUGCAAAAACCCAGGACAAGAUCAAGGACAUGGUGAAGGACUUGGAUCCUGCACUUGCUAUGGUGCUGAUCAACUUUGUCUACUUUAGAGGACAGUGGGAGAGGCCCUUUGACAAAAACCUAACAGCAAAGGCAGAUUUCCAUGUGGAUGGAAACACAAAAGUUGAGGUGGACAUGAUGAAGAAGAUGGGACGCUUUGAUUACUACCAGGACAAUGACAACCACUCCACCAUCGUCUGCCUGCCCUACAAGGGCAACACCUCCAUGAUGAUCGUCUUACCUGAUGAAAACAAGAUGGAGGUGGUUGAGGGUUUCAUUAACAAGGACUACUUGAGGAACUGGCACGACAAGCUCUACAAGAACAACCUGAACCUUUUCAUGCCAAAAUUCGCCAUCUCGGUUGCCACCCCGCUGGAUGAGACUCUGAAGGAAAUGGGAGUAACAGAGGCUUACAGUGAUCUGGCUGAUUUCUCGGGCAUGUCCGAUGAGAUUAAGCUUAAAGUCUCAAAGGUCUCGCACCAGGCAGUGUUGAGCGUAGACGAAACGGGCACGGAAGCAGCCGCUGCCACCACCAUGGAAAUCAUGCCCAUGAGCUUGCCCGUCGACGUGAUGCUCAACCGGCCGUUCCUGGUCUUCAUCACUGAGCACUCGACGAAGAGCAUCAUCUUCGCGGGCAAAAUCAGCAACCCAACAGCUGCUUAAGGACGCGUGUGAUGUGUAGACCUGUCACAGGCUCAGUGAAUUCCAGCGGUUUCAGGACAUUUAUCCAUCAUCCGUAACAGUGAUGACGGCGAUACUGUGUGGAUUUGAAUAAAUGGCAAUUAGAUGGGAUGUGAAUGAGACGAUCUACAAGUAACAGAAACGUGGUUCCAUUAAUCCGCUUGUCACCGUAAAAUGUUUGGUACCAUUUGUCAUCUGUCUUGGUUGAUUAAUAUCUUUACCCAUCAGGAUAGAUUAUUCUCCCAUUGACUGUUUCAAGUGAUGAAUUAAUGACUGAACCAUCUGUCAAUACAACAUCUGCAGCAUCCACUAACACAUUAAAGCAACUUGUCAUUGCCCUAUUGCUGUUUCAACAAGACUGUGAAGUGAAAAUAAAGAGACGUUUUAAACAA